AUGAGUAGUGGAGAAUUUGCCCAUCAAGACCCAGAUGAAUGUUUUGACGAAUUCAUCGAAUUAGCUGAAAGGACUCUUCAAUGGGCUUCAAUGAGGGAGCCCGAAAUAACUAGGAACCAUACCCAUAGGGUCAAUAGAGUUGAUAAUGGGUCAGAUAUCCUUAGGCGCCUAGAAGCCUUAGAGAUGUACCAAGGGUCCAAACAGACUAUGAGCUGUAACAGUGAACCCAGAACCUAUCCAUGUACCAUUUGUGGUGACCAAAGUCAUACUGGACCUCAGUGCCCCCUGUUUUACCCUAGCGAAACUACCCGUGACCAGGUUAGUGUCCUACAUGGUGGUGCCCAUCAAGGUAACCGAUCUAUCAACCCACUACCAUGCUUUCCUAGGAACCAACCUCAAGCCCAAAAACCGAGCCCAGUUGAACAAAAGGUGUCUUCUCUAGAGGAAACUCUAAGACUCUUUAUUGAAGGUAGUGCCCAAAAUAAUGCCGAGACUACCCAAAAUUUUAAACUAUUAGGACAGAGGUUCGAUGAAGUUCAAUGUAACCAACAAAAUAGUGACCGAUCUAUUUCCAACAUAGAGACUCAGAUAAGUCAACUUUCAAAUAGGUUAAAUGAUAGGGGAAACGAGAAAUUUCCUAGCCAAUCAAAUCCAAAUUUGAAAGGAGUUAACCAGGUUAAUGGGUCGGGUAGUUCUAACCACAAUGAACAUAUCAAAGCAGCUAUCACCCUUAAGAGUGGUAAAACUCUAGAGAACUCGGUAGAACCACCUAAGGAAAAAAGUCCGGCUGAAAAAGAGAAUGAGGUUGACCAAACUUCGUCUAAAGACCUUAAUGGGCCUGGGAGUGCUAAGAGUCCAAGUGGGGAAGAUAUCCCUGAGAGACAAGUUAAGAUCAACCUUCCUUUAUUAGAUGCAGUAAAACAUGUACCGGCUUUGACCAAGUUCCUAAAAGAGAUGUGCACUGUCAAGAGAGACGUGAAUGUCCAUAAGAAAGCAUUUUUCACCCAACAAGUUAGUUCCAUAAUCUCACAAAAGUACCCAGUCAAAUUUAAAGAUCCUGGUUGUCCUACUGUCACAUGUGUCAUAGGUAGCCAAAAGAUAGAAAAUGCUCUCUUAGAUCUUGGGGCUAGUGUGAAUCUUUUACCAUUCUCGGUAUAUGAACAACUUGCACUAGUCGAGAAUAUCUUUACCACUAAUAGUGUUAGCGAUCCUUUAGAGGCCUGGUUGGCACACUUUGGAACCUACUAUGAUGAGGAUAGUCAUUUUAAAGAAGUUAAUGGGUUGUUAGACUCUGCGCCAGUAAUGAAUUAUGGAAAAUGGCAGCAUCCCGAUCAGGAAAGUAGACUAGUUAGUGUUCUCCAAGAGCACAAGACCGCAAUAGGGCGGACUAUAGCAAAUUUGAAAGGAAUUAGUCCUGCUGAUUGUAUGCACCAUAUCUAUCUAGAAGAGGGUGACAAAACUUCAAGAGAAAUGCAAAGACGUUUAAAUCCUAAUAUGAAGGAAGUUGUCCGCACUGAGGUGCUCAAGUUAUUAGAUGCGUGUAUCAUAUACCCCAUCUCUGGUAGUAAAUGGGUCAGUCCUGUCCAGGUUGUCCCAAAGAAGUCUGGGAUUACUGUAGUUGCCAAUGAGAAUAAUGAAUUGAUCCCUACCCGUGUUACUACCGGGUGGAGAGUUUGCAUAGACUACCUUAAGUUGAACUCAACAACUAGGAAAUACCACUUUCCUCUACCAUUCAUCGACCAGAUGUUAGAAAGAUUAGCUGGCCAUAGCCAUUAUUGUUUUCUAGAUGGAUACUCUGGUUAUAACCAAAUCCCUAUAGCACCGGAGGACCACGAGAAAGCGACCUUCACAGGUCCAUUUGGUACUUUUUCUUACAGGCGUAUGCCUUUUGGGUUGUGUAAUGCACCCGCAACAUUCCAACGUUGCACGCUAAGUAUCUUUUCGGACAGGGUUGAGCGAUUUCUCGAGAUAUUUUCUUGGCCAUGCUGGAUUAAAGAUCGUCGUUUCAUCAAAGAUUUUAGCAAGAUUGCUUUACCCCUGUCGAUCCAACUUGCUAAAGAUAAUGCCUUUGUAUUUGAUGAAGCAUAUGUUACAGCUUUUGAGAAGCUUAAAUCAUUAUUGACUUGUGCCCUUAUCAUCCAACCACCCGAUCGGAACCUCCCAUUUGAACUCAUGUGUGAUGCGUCCGAUUAUGUGGUUGGUGCUGUCCUUGGCCAACGACGUGAUAAAGCACUUAGUGUGAUUUAUUAUGGUAGUAGGACCCUAAACGAUGCCCAGUUAAACUAUACAACCACUGAGAAAGAAAUGUUAGCCAUCGUUUUUGCUUUGGAGAAAUUUAGAUCAUAUCUCCUAGGGUCUAAGAUAUUCGUGAUAAGAAAGGGUCUGAAAAAUGUAGUAGAUGACCAUUUAUCACGUAUCCUAGAUGAGUCUAGAGAUGAUGAGAGACCGAUCGAUGACACGUUCCCUGACGAACAGUUAUUUUCCAUCUCUGUGUUACCCUGGUUUGAUGACAUUGUCAAUUAUCUGGUAACUGGUCAAAUGCCCGACCAUUGGUCUAAACAGGAUAAAGCUAAAUUCUUGUCUGGGGUUAAAUACUUUUUCUGGGAUGAUCUAUACUUAUUCAAAUAUUUCCCUGAUCAGAUCAUCCGUCGUUGUAUUCCUGACAACGAAAUCUCCAGUGUCCUGACUUUCUGUUCUGGAGCUUGUGGGGGGUCACUUUAG